AUGAGCGAUGUUGAAUCUGCGGCGGCCAAGCUCGCCGAGCUACUCCGGCACCCCGAGGACCUCGAUAAGAUCCCCGCCCUGAAGGCCGAGUUCACGCGCAAGAAGGCCGCCGUCGAUGGCCAGCUGCGCGUCGGGCUGCGCGAGCAGCUCGAGGUGACGCAGGCAGGCAUGAGCAGUAUCACCGAGGGCCAGCGCGCGGUGAAUUUGAUCAAGGAGGAGAUGAUGAAGAUAGACAAGCUGUGUGCCGAGUCGCACAACAUGAUCCAGGACUUCCCGCAUAUCAACCUUGUGGCCCAGACGCAUAAGAACUUCGAACAGGUUGAGAAGAUGAAGCGCGAUAUCGAUACUUUCCAGCAGCGUAUAGGGAACCUCGAGUACUUGCUCGGUCAAGACGAUGAAGACCCCGCCAACCAACCUAAUCUGCUAGAGGUGCACUACGGUCUUACGCAAUUGCGUGAAGUGAGGGAUGAUGCCAUAAGACAAAUCAAAGCUUCCGAAGACGCCUCGACCGAACUGAUUGACAACUUGACGCUGGAAUCGGGUGUGACAGUGCAAGAUCUCUUCAGCCGGUUAGACGAUGUUAUUGAAUGGUUCGAUACCCAUAUUGGCGAAGCUUGCGUUAAUCUCAUUGAGCUGGUCCAGUCCGGCAAUGACGGAAUGGUGGUCAGGCUGGCAUUGAUCAUCGAAGAGGAGGAGAAGUCGGAUAAGAAGGCCAAAGCACUGCAGGAUGCUCAACGCGAGUAUAAGGACUUGGCCUCGCGAUUCAAGUCGAUUGCCGCCGGCUCCACCGAGCUACGCGGAUACAAGGAGAAAUUCACAAAGUCGAUCGAAUUCGUGUGCAAAACCAAUUUCGAAGAUGCGAAUGGGAAGUUCCUGGACGAUCCAGAAAAGGUCGAUAAAUACUUCAAAUGGUACUUCAACAACCUCAACGUGGUGAAACUUGGCAUGGUGAACUUGAUGCCUAAAAAGUGGAAGAUUUUCAAGACCUACGGCAGUAUCUACCACAAGAACAUGCACGACUGGCUCUUAGGGAUCGCAGAUGACGAGGGUUUGGGACCACAGUACCUACUUGCCAUUAUCAACUGGGUCGAUAAGUACUACGCCAAGAUGCAGAAACUAGGCUUCGCCGAAGACGACCUUCAACCACACGUGGUCGACAACCGCGUGCCUGAAUUAGUACGAAAUUACCGGCAAAUUAUUAUCGACAGAGUCGAAGAAUGGAUGAACAACAUCGCCAAUACAGAAAAGAAACAAUUCGCAGAAAGAGAUCAGAGCGACAUCAGCCAGAACGUCGACGGUUACCUACAAACGAAGACUUUGGCAGAUAUGUGGACGAUGUUGGGGCAGAACCUCGGCAUUGCACAAAACAGCGACCGAACAGACGUGGCUGAAGGAGUCAUUGAGUCCAUGUUCCGGGCCCUGUCCUCUCGACAGCGUAUGUGGCAGUCGCUAGUGGCAGCCGAGAAAGCGAAGUAUUCUUCACCCACUUCUUCCACCGAGGGCUCCAGUGAGUUCCAGGAAUGGCUCAUUGCGAUUGCAAACGACCAGAUUAUUUGCAUCGAUGAAUCCGACGAAUCCCAAACGUCUUUCUUGGGUAACUUUGAGCGGGAUGUUACCCCUCUUGUUUCGGCCGCCUACGCUCCGACGUUAACAGAGCAAAUCAACAACCUCAAGGACAGCUACGUCGACGUCGCAUCCGAAUUCAUCCAAGCAUGGUGUCAAAUGAUCUUCUACGUCGACUUCCGCGACACCCUUAAAAACAUGUUCACAGCGGACUGGUACAGCUCAAGAGACAUGGAGCAAAUGGUCAUCACCUUUGCAGAUUACAUGAGCGACUACGAGAACGCCGUCCAUCGCGCCAUUUUUGAGCUACUUGUCAUGUCACUUGCAGAUCAGUUGUUGAUCCACUACCUUUCUGCAGUCCGCAACAAAGGCGCGAAAUUCAAGCGUGCCGAUCCGUUCUCUGAGAAGAUCAAGGAUGACCUCUUCACCGCUUUUGAAUUCUUCAAUCGGUACGAGUGCGGACCAGAAGUCAAGGAGAAGUGGCGCGUCAUCCAAAUGUUCGUGCUCUUACUUUCCGAAGACAAGUCUAGGAUCCCGAAUGUGUACGAGCAGUUCAAGAACGGCUACCCAGACUUGCAUAUCGGCUGGGUCGAAGCGGUUCUCAGGGCCAGAGACGACUUUGAGCGCAGCAUGUUGAAUGCCGUCAAAGCGAAGGCGGCGGAGAUGACUGUUGACCCCGGGCAACAGUACGAAACAAUCAUGUCGCAAGUCAAAUAG